AUGGCCGGAGGUAGCGGCGCGCGGCGGGAGGGCCGGGGGCUCGGGGCCCGGGGCCGGGCGCCGGGGUCUGGGGCCCGAGAUCCGGCGCCGCCGCGGACGGUGUGGCAGCAGCCGUUCCUCAACGUCUUCAGACACUUCAAGGUGGACGAGUGGAAGCGGUCCUCUAAAGAGGGCGACGUGGCCGUCGUGACGGACAAGACCCUCAAGUGCACAGUGUACCGCGUGCGGGGCCCUGUCUCUGCUGGCAAUUACAUCCAGCUCCCCAAAACCAGCACCCAGUCCCUGGGGCUGACCGGACGCUACCUGUACGUGCUCUUUCGGCCCCUGCCCGCCAAGCAUUUCGUCAUUCACCUGGACCUGUGUACAGAGGACAGCCAGGUCAUCCGAGUGUCAUUCUCCAACUUCUUCAAGGACUUCAGGUCCACAGCCACAUGGCUUCAGUUCCCUUUCAUCUGUGAGACUGGGACACCCAGGAAAGACUUGGCAGGUGUGGGCUCCCCUGGUGCCCGCUGGACCUGCCUGCAGCUCGACCUGCACGACAUUCUCCUGGUCUACUUGAACCGACGCUACAGUCACCUCAAGAGCAUCAGGCUGUGUGCUAGCCUGCUGGUCAGGAACCUCUAUACCAGUGACCUGUGCUUCGAUCCCGCUGUCACCGUCGCUGAAGCCCGGCGUGCAAAACUGCCCAUCACCCCCAUACCUCGAGAAAUGGCAUUCCCGGUGCCGAAGGGGGAGAGCUGGCACGACCACUAUGUCCACAUCCGGUUUCCAAGCAACAGCUCAAAAACACCUUCAGAGGCAGUUCAGAAGAGCUGUUCCCCUUCUGAGGCAGCGGCCUUCAGCAAGCCUGUUCAGGACAGCCUGGCCCUCAUGGUCCAGAAGCAUGGCCCCACAGCCUCCCGCCAGGCCCCCUCUGUGCCCAGGCCCCUUCCAGAAGUCAGCGUGUUCUGUGAGCGCUCCGAGGUCUCUAGUGUGGGUGGCCCCAGUGGCCGUAGCCAGGAGCCAUUGGCCUGGGUGGAGGCCACUGACAAGCACGCGGCCAAUGACACCUUUUACAUGUCUGUGCAUCAGACGACUGUGGAGCCUACGGCCCCAGAGGAUGCGUCCCCACAAGAGAGCUUCCUCCCGGAUCCGGUCCUGAGGCUCAAGGGGGUCAUCGGUUUUGGGGGUCACAGCACCAAAUGGGCCCUGUGGACCCGGGAUGGAGCCGCUGUCGUGUACCCUUGCCAUGCGGUCAUCGUCGUCCUGUGUGUCAACACCCGGGAGCAGCGUCUCUUCCUUGGCCACACAGACAAGGUCUCUGCCCUGGCGCUGGAUGGGAGCGGUUCCCUGCUGGCCUCAGCCCAGGCACGGCCCCACAGCAUGCUGCGUCUCUGGGACUUCCAGACCGGGGAGUGCCUGUCCCUGUUCCAGAGCCCAGUCCACACCGUCUGCUCCCUCAGCUUCUCUGACAGUGGGGAGGUGCUCUGUGGUGUCGGCAAGGACCGCCAUGGGCGGAUGACUGUGGUGGUGUGGGGCACGGCCCAGGUGGGGCGAGGCGGAGAGGCCAUCAUCCUCACGAAGGUGCACAGCGAUGUUGACAUCCAGGCAUUCGAGGUGGCCUUUUUCGAUGAAACCAGGAUGGCAUCGUGCGGGCGGGGCAGCGUGCGGCUGUGGCGGCUGCGAAGUGGGAGGCUGCACUCCUGCCCCGUGAACCUGGGGGAGCACCAUGGGCUGGAGUUCAGUGACCUGGCCUUCAGGCAGACCCAGGACGGCCACACACUCUACGUCUGCAGCCGCAGCGGCCACAUCCUGGAGAUUGACCACCAGCGCAUGGCUGUGCGGUGCGCUCGCCGCCUCCUGCCUACACAGACCCCCGGUGGCCCCCUCCCACAGAAGCAGACCUUCAGUUCAGGCCCCGGCAUCGCCAUCAGCAGCCUCAGCAUCUCCCAGGCCAAGUGUGCCGUGGGCUCCGAGGACGGCUACCUGCGCCUCUGGCCCCUGGACUUCUCUUCUGUGCUCUUGGAGGCAGAGCACGAGGGCCCCAUCAGCUCUGUCUGCGUCAGCCCUGAUGGCCUGCGUGUGCUGUCCACCACCUCCUCGGGCCACCUGGGUUUCCUGGACAUCCUGUCCCGGGAGUACAGCGUGCUGGUGCGCUCCCACGCCGCCCCGGUGCUGGCCCUUGCCACUGAGUGCAGCCGGGGACAGCUGGCCACUGUGUCCCAGGACCACACUGUCCGCAUCUGGGACCUAGCGACCCUGCAGCAGCUGUAUGACUUCGCAUCUCCGGAGGAGGCCCCGUGUGCUGUUGCCUUCCACCCUACCCAGCCCACCUUCUUCUGUGGCUUCAGCAGCGGGGCCGUCCGCUCCUUCAGCCUGGAGACCACCGAGGUCCUAGUGGAGCACAGGUGUCACCGCGGAGCCAUCACCGGCCUGGCCGCCAGCCCCGACGGCAGCCUGCUGUUCAGCUCCUGCUCUCGGGGUUCCUUGGCCCAGUACCAUAGUGGCGCGCCCCAGUGCCGCAUCCUUCGUGUGACAGCUAACGUGGUGUGCCAGGAGGCCUGCCCGAGCCCCAGUGCCCUGGUGGUCAGUGGGGACAGCCACCUGCUGGCCUUUGUGGGUCCCUCCAAGUACACGGUGACCAUCAUGGACACAACCUCACUGGAUGAGCUGCUGAGGGUUGACAUCAGCACUCUGGACCUGGCUGGCAGCCGCCUGGACUCAGCUGUGGCUGUCUGCUUUGGCCCCGCACCCCCUGGCCACUUGCUGGUGUCCACGUCCUCUAACAUGGUUGCAGUGCUAGAUGCCACGUCGGGCCGCUUGGUCCGGGAGCUGUCCUGUGUCCCCCCUGCGGCCUGCUCUGUCCUCGCUCUCAGCGGAGAUAGCCGUUUCCUGCUCACAGCCGCUGACCGGGCCAUCAAGGUGUGGGACUACUCAGCACAGGCCGGCCCUGGCUGCCAGGUGUACAUCGGCCACUCAGAACCUGUGCGGGCCGUGGCUUUCACCCCCGACCAACAGCAGCUCCUUAGUGUGGGAGACGCCAUCUUUCUCUGGGACGUUCUGGCCCCCUCUGAGAAGUCCCCUCCAGGAAGGCAACUCCUUCCGUCCUCAGGCCUGGGUACAAGACAGCUGGAGGACAUGGUGUCUGGGGCCAAUGGGCUUCCCCGGCAGCAGGUGCCCAUGCCAUCCCAGGCGUCCCCACCCUGGCUGGACAUCUGUGCCAGGCCCCCCAAGGACCAUGAUGGCGCUUUCUCCAUGUCAGAUGAGAGCCGUGGCCCUGAGGGUCCCCGCCAGGCCUCAGGCCCACCUGUGCUGGUGCAGAAGGAGGCUGGCAGGGCCGGUGCCUGCAGCACUGGAAGAGGCAGGGCCCAGCCCCCCACUCGCCCGGACUCCUAUUGGCAUUUCACAGCUCGCUACAAGGACUCGCUGCUGCCCAAGGGCCUCUCCUUCCCUGCUGUCGGCGAUGAGCGGCUGCACCUGAAGGCCGUCAUGGGUUACAAUGGGAACGGGCGCGCCAACCUGGUCUGGAGGCCAGACACAGGCUUUUUCGCCUACACGUGUGGUCGCCUGGUGGUGGUGGAGGACCUGCACUCUGGUGUCCAGCAGCACUGGCUUGGCCACCCUGAGGAGAUCUCCACGCUGGCCCUCAGCCACGAUGCCCAGGUGCUGGCCUCUGCCUCAGGCCGAAGCAGCACUGCCUUCCGCUGCCAGAUCCGUGUCUGGGACGUGCCGGGGGGCUCCUGUCGGCAGCUCCUUUCUCACCACGACACUGCUGUCCAGGCCCUGGCUUUCUCGCCAGACGAUAGGCUCCUCGUCACGCUGGGGGACUAUGGCGACCGCACCCUGGCCCUGUGGAGCAUGGCCACCUACGAGCUUGUGUCCUCCACAUUCCUCCCAGAGCCAGUAUACGGCAUGGCCUUCAACCCCUGGGACGCUGGCGAGCUCACCUGCGUGGGCCAGGGUGCCGUCACCCUGUGGCUUCUGCAGCAGCGUGGGGACGAUGUCAGCCUCCAGGUCCACCGAGAGCCCAUCCCUGAGGAGGUGGGGGGGUGCGAGCUGACCUCGCUUUGCUACGGGACCACACCCUUGCUCUACUGCGGUUCCAAUGCUGGCCAGGUGUGUGUUUGGGACAUGUGUGCCGGCUGCUGCUUUCUGGCCUGGGAGGCGGACGACGGUGAGAUCGGAGUGCUGCUGUGCUCGGGCGCGCGUCUGGUCAGUGGCAGCAACACCAGACGGCUGCGCCUAUGGGCCGUGGGGGCCGUAUUGGAGCUGAGGCGCAAGGGCUCCGGGGCCAGGUCUAGCUCUGUGUUUAUGGAGCGUGAGCUGACCCUUGACGGGGCCGUCGUGAGUGCAGUCUUCCAUGAAAGCAUGGACAUGGGUGUGGUGGGCACCACGGCGGGCACGCUCUGGUACGUCAGCUGGGCUGAGGGCACAAGCACCCGCCUCAUCAGCGGCCACCAGAGCAAGGUGAACGAGGUGGUCUUCAGCCCCAGCGAGUCCCACUGUGCCACGUGCAGUGAUGAUGGGAGCGUGAGGGUGUGGAGCAUGGCCAGCAUGGAGCUGCUAAUCCAGUUCCAGGUGCUCAGCCAGAGCUGCCUCUGCCUGUCUUGGAGCCCCCCAUCCUGCGAAUGCCCAGAACAGCAGUGGGUGGCAGCGGGCUACAGUGACGGCACGGUGCGGCUCUUCAGCAUCCCCCUCAUAGCGAUGGAGUUCAAGAUGCAUCCCCACUCGGCUGCACUGACGGCCAUCGCCUUCUCUGCUGACGGUCAGACCAUCCUCUCCGGAGACAAGGAUGGGCUCGUGGCUGUGAGUUGCCCUCGCACGGGGAUGACCUUCCGUGUGCUGAGUGACCAUCGGGGAGCCCCGAUCUGCACCAUCCAGAGCACGAGAAGAGAGUAUGGAGACUUCGGGGCAGAGGGUGUGGACCUGUGGCUGGCUGCCAGCGGGGACCAGCAGGUCAGCGUUUGGGCCUCCAACUGGCUGCGGGACCGCUGUGAGCUCGUGGACUGGCUGAGCUUCCCAGCGCCCGCCCUCACGGAGGUCCCCAGCUGCCUGCCGCCCUCCCUCGCCGCCUUCUGCCCCUGGGAUGAGGCGCUGCUGGUGUGUGCGGGCCUCGGCGUGCGCCAGGAGGUGCUCUUCUACAGCCUCUGCCGGAAGCAGGUGAUGGAGAAGAUCCCACUGCCUUUCUUUGCUGUGUCCAUGAGCCUGUCCCCUGGGGCCCACCUUAUAGCCAUUGGCUUCUCUGAGCGUGUGUUGAGGCUGGUGGACUGUGCGUCGGGGGCCGUGCAGGACUUUGCUGCCCAUGAUGACUCGGUGCAGCUGUGCAGGUUUGCCCCGUCUGCUCGGCUGCUCUUCACGGCGGCCCACAAUGAGAUACUGGUGUGGGAAGUCACAGGCCACUGA